AUGAUAAUUCUACGAUAUAAGAAUGUCUUGGCUGAUGGGCCAGUUAAUGUCGUGUCUUGUUGUUUACUGUGCGAUGUUGAGUAUGCAAUUGGGAGAUCAAGUAAGAAUAAAUUUGCAAUUAAGAAUGAUAAGAGUAUCUCGAGGCAGCAUGUAAGUUUAUUAUGGAAAUACUCGAGUGAUGAUAAAAACGUGAUAAUACAGAUCAAGAACUUCGGGAAAGUUACUAUGAUAAAGGAUAAGUAUUUAUCUCAAGAUGAAACUUUACAAUUCACACUUAUCGAUAAGAAACUUGAAGUGAAUAUUGGUACAAGCCCUAUAACAUUGGAAAUCUUUAACCAAGAAGUUGUAUGCAAUUCGAUUGAGGAUAUUCAAAAUAGUGAUUCAAAAUUAAUCUUAAAUAAUCUAAACAUACUGCAAGAUGAUCCAUUAACCUUAAAAAGAGAAGGACCAACAAUAAUUAUUAAAGAGAAUAGUUAUACUGACAUAUUGCUUGAAUUGUUUAGCAAUGUAUUUGGAAUUCCAAUAGUUACCAUUGAAGAAUUAAGAGGUAUAGCCAACGCUAAUGAUUUUUAUUCAUAUUGGGAUAAAAUAUAUUCUAGAAAGAAGAACAAGGGUAAAGCAUGCAUGUUAGAUUUAUCCACUUGUUAUUAUAUUUCUGAGGUAGAUAAAUACGUUGAUUAUGUCAAAGUUGCUAUACGUUCAUUAAAUGCAGAAAUAAAGAUAUUAAAAGAUAAAGAUGAUUUGGUGAAAGAUAUACGUAAAAAUAUAAGCAAGGGAAAUAUCUCUAAAUUUUUUGUAUUAAGCAAUGACAUAACUCAGGGAGAAGAGGCACCAUUUAAUAUUUCUGUGACAUCGAUAGCAAAGCUUUUAGAGGCGGUUAAAACCAAUAACAUGAAGGAUAUUGUUAUGCAUGACUAUAGUUCUUUUAAAAUUGAGAUACCUAGAGAAGUUAAAAGUCCCAAAGAUGACAAUAUAAUUGAAAAACAGGAACCUCCUGCACCUAAAAGAAGAAGAAUGAAUAGAUCCAAGGUCAAACCUUUAGAUACUUUAUCAUUUUUUGCUGGCGGAAUGUCUCAUGAUACUCAUUCUAUAAACACUAAACCAUCAAAUGAUGUCCAAUCUCAUCAAGAAACUGAAAAAGAUGUAAAUAAUUCUAAAAUUGAGAGCAUACAAGAUGUAGAAAGUAACCAAGAUCAAACUAAGUAUGACAAAAGUACAGAAUUACAGAAAAGCAAAGCUGUUUCAAAGAAUGCUGAUGAUAAACUGCAAGAUAGCACAGCUGAAAAGCCAAUAAACUUUAAUCCAACCACUAAAACUCCAAGCUUCUCACCUUCAAUUAAUGAUAAAGCGAUAGAAAAUUCUAAUGCUAAUCUUGACCCAACAAUGGAAAAGACAAGAGUAAAUAAAAAGCCAGCUUCAUUAGAUACUAAGAAUAAUCUUCUCGACAAUAAGUUAAUAGCUGAGCAAAUCAAUGAAGCAUUAUCUGCCAAAACGAAUGAUGCUCCUGUCGUAAGGCGGCGAAGAACAUUAUUAGACUACGGUAAUACAGAUAAAAGUUCAAGCACCGAUUUAGUGAGAACAAUCCAAAAUGUAAAGUCAAGAGGGGUUGACAGAGUAAAUUCAAAAAUAGUUACUGUUGAUGAAAAUGAAUUAAACGAAGAGGAAUUGAAUAAAUUCUUCGAUGUAGUCGUAGUUGAUGUGAAUGAUAAACUUAUGAAAAAACAUCCUAAUGCACAAAAGGUUAUUGACAAUGCGAAUAUCGAUCAUAACUCGAAUUUUAAAAAUAGAAAAGACUAUAAACUAUUUAAGAAAAGUAUACCUAAAUGGCAAUCAAAAUUAAACAAACAACAUCAUAGCAUGACAAGUGAUAAUGGAGAAAAUUUAGUUGUUUCAAAAAACAGAAAUAAGAUUCCUCUAAGAAAAUAUAAUGAAAAUGAAAAAAUCCAUGAAGCUGAUAUAUUCGAAUUCGAAUCAUCAAAGAAAACAGAAAAUCCAGAAUCGUUACCAAAAAAUAAUAAUGAAAUGGAAGAGAAAGAAAGAGAAAUUAAUGCACAUACUUUAACAUUCAGUGAAAAUUCCAGUAAUAAUAAAUUAUUUUACCAAGAAGAGGAUGAGGAUGAAGAGCAGUAUGGAGUCGAUGUUCCUAUUUCUAGUAAUGCAAAUCAUCACUCAGUACAGAUGAAUAACAAUGAUAUCUUACAGGAAAAUAAUACUUCAUUUUCGGAUAUUAGACAAAAUUCAGAUUUAACAAAACACAAUUUUAAUUCCAUUCCUGACGAUUCCGAUGACGAUUCCGAUGACGAGCCAAAGUUUAAAUUCAAUCGUUAA